AGUUUGUAUAAUUAUUACUAUUCAUUAAUAAAUUGUUAAUUAUUUAGAUACUUGUUUUUAUAUCGAUUGUGUAUACUAAAUUCAAUAUGGCUACACGGUACGUCCAAAGUUCAAAUCAGUAUGAGCUGUCAAAUGUAAAUCAAUUUCUUUAAUAAGAAUAUUUGAGUAAAUGAUGUUAUUUUUAUAUACAUGUUUAAAUAUAUGUGUUAUAAAAUGUGAAAUGUAAUCCAGCUACAUAAAAAUAAUCAUGUAUAAUGAGAUGAGUUUUCUAAUACUGAGAUAUGACUCGUUCUUCGGUAUCAGCACAAUGUGAUUUACUUGCAUCUUACAUGGAUGGAGUUCAUGUUAAGAUUGCAGAGGCUUACAAACCUCCAAGGAAAGUAUGUUUACCAGCUGCGUAUAAUAACAAACUACCGGACGUAUCAAAAUUAACUUACGAUUUUAAUUUGGAACGCUCGGUACUUGAAAAGAUGACAGAAUGGCGUAAUAUUAGGCAAGCAAAUAAUGUAGCAAAGAAUGCACGAUUGGAUGAGAAGAGGAAGAAAGAAAAGGAAUCUUCACCUCCUCCGCCACCACCAUUGCCUGAUACUACAAAUCAUUUACCUGUAAAUGCGCCUGUGCCUAAAGCAACAAUUCUUACUCCACAGCCUUUAUCACCACCAGCUAACGAUUUCCAAGAUCAUGUGAAAACAAACGGUCUUAAUUUUGCUGAUUUUGAUAAUGAUACAAGCAGUCCAUUCGAUAAUAUGGAAUUAAAAACAAUUAACGAUAUGGAAGAACUAGCUCAGGUAUUACAGCCCACAUCUCAAUGGAUACCACCAGCAAAACUAGAAAGUAUACUGAAUGACUUAACUAUUAACAAUCAGUCAGAAACUCAUAUAGAGGAAAAAAAUGAUAAUGUUAAAAGUGAAAUAAAUGGUCAGGAAGAAGCAAAUGAACAAGAAAAUGCUAAACACCGGAGUGUAUCUACAAUUGUGCAAGAACUUCAAAAAGAUUUAGAAAGACCAGCUGUGGAGGAUUGGAAACCAUGGCCAAAUCUUGAAGGCCCUGAUACUAGUUCUCAGGAAACGUUAAAGCAUAAAGAGCCAGUAAUAAAAAAUCAAGUUUUUGUAAAUUUACUACUGGACUUAACAGAGGAAGAUAAAAAAUUAGCUCGUCAUUUAAGUGAUAUGGGAUUUCCGUUAUCAAGAGCCGCUCGCGCGAUACGCGAUUUAGGUGGUCAGGAUAAUAAAAAGAUUGUUGAAUAUUUGCUGGCAGUACAGUCUUUAGAGGAAACGGGAAUUUCUGGGGAGGAUGCUGAAAAGGCCCUUGCUCUUACCGAGUACAACCAAGAAAAAGCCAAAGCUUAUUACGAAAAUUUAUGUACUCUACGAGAUUUAGGUUUCUCGGAAGAAGAAGCAUCUGCUGCACUUUUAAAAUGUAACAUCGAUCGUGAUAGAGCUUUAGAUUUUCUCAUUGCUUAAACGCAGAACCUUAUAAAAAAUAAUGGACAAAAAUGAUUUGAAUGAAUUUUCUACUGUACAAAAACUAUGAUUUUAGUUAAUGUAAAAUUAAAAUAUCUUAGAUUUGCUAAGAUAUGUUCAAAGUGUUAUGAAGAAUAUCAAAGUUUAACAUAAUUCGAAAACAUUAAAUUCUUUUAUUUUUA